ACUGAGAGGGCUUAUCAGAAGCAGCCAACUAUCUUCCAGAACAAGAAGCGUGUGCUUCUUGGGGAGACUGGCAAGGAGAAGCUACCCCGCUAUUACAAGAACAUCGGUCUGGGAUUCAAGACCCCCAGAGAGGCAAUUGAUGGCACAUACAUUGACAAGAAAUGUCCCUUCACCGGUAACGUCUCCAUUCGUGGUCGUAUUCUUUCAGGAGUGGUCACCAAAAUGAAGAUGCAGCGCACAAUUGUCAUCCGCCGGGACUACUUGCAUUACAUCCGCAAGUACAACCGUUUCGAGAAACGCCACAAGAACAUGUCUGUGCAUCUGUCCCCCUGCUUUAGGGACGUCCAGAUCGGAGAUAUCGUCACUGUCGGAGAGUGCCGUCCUCUCAGCAAAACCGUUCGAUUCAACGUUCUGAAAGUAACAAAAGCAGCUGGAACCAAGAAACAAUUCCAGAAGUUUUAAAUGUAAAUCAGAUGUUCUUUCAGGUCAAAUAAAACUUUAUAAAAACAUCAAA